AUGCAAAAUUCCAGCUACCAGAACCCGGUCUUACCAGGUUGGCACUCAGACCCGUCAUGCACUAGGGUCGGUGAUACCUUUUUUUGUGUGACCUCGACCUUCGAUGUCUUUCCAGGUCUUCCAAUAUAUGCUUCUAAGGAUCUUCUCGAUUGGAAGCUUGUAAGUCAUACAUGGAAUCGCGAGAGCCAGCUGCCCGGAUACAGUGCGGGAACUACCGGCCAGCAGUUGGGGCACUAUGCAGCGACCAUCCGUCAUCACGAUGGUGUUUUCUACGUUAUAUGCGUUUAUCUCGGUGCGCCGGCCGAGACUGGCGUUCUUUACACCUCGAAGAAUCCUUAUGAUGAGUCUGCCUGGAGCGAUGCCGUUACUUUCAAUGCAUCUUCAAUCGACCCCGAUCUAUUUUGGGAUGAUGAUGGUAAGGUUUAUAGUGUCCUGUCAGGCAUAACUCUUCAAGAAAUCAAUCUCAAGACUGGAGAUCUGAGUGAGCCCGUCAACAUUUGGAAUGGCACCGGUGCUGUUUAUCCUGAAGGUCCUCAUCUCUACAAAAAAGACGGAUUCUACUAUCUUCUCAUUGCCGAAGGGGGAACAGAGUUGAAUCAUUCAGUCAGCAUCGCCAGAUCAACCAAGAUUCAGGGGCCCUAUGAAUCAUAUGAAAAUAACCCUAUUCUGACAAACCGGGGUACCGACGAAUAUUUUCAAACCGUUGGGCAUGCCGAUCUUUUUCAGGAUGGUGAUGGAAGGUGGUGGGGAAUAUCCUUGGCAACCCGAGGAGGCCCCUCUUGGAAAUUCUAUCCAAUGGGUCGAGAGACAGUUCUUUUCCCUGUUACUUGGGAAAGGGGUCAGUGGCCGAUUCUUGAACGGGUCAGAGGUCAAAUGUCAGGAUGGCCCUUGCCGUCACGUACUCGAAAUAUUCCAGGUCAGGGGCCUUUCAAUUCCGACCCUGAUGUCUAUGACUUCCGACUUGGUUCUCAAAUUCCAAGGAAUCUUGUCCACUUCAGAGUUCCUGCAAAAGACAGUUUUUCGGUGACGCCAAAAGGGCUCCGUAUUGUUCCAAGCAGGAGCAAUCUGACAGGCAUCCCUGGGAAUUCUCUCCUGAGUGGACAGAAUGGGCUUGGUUUCAUUGGACGUCGUCAGACUGACACACUUUUCACAUAUUCCGUCGAUCUCGAUUUCAAUCCAAUUUCGGUGGACCAAGAAGCCGGAGUAACUGUUUUUCUGACCCAGAUGAACCACAUUGAUCUCGGCAUUGUGCUUCUCAAUUCAGAUUCAUCGUCUAAGAAUCACCAGUCACCUCGGCUCUAUUUUCGUUUCAGAACUGAAGCUAGUACUAUGGAUAAUAUUCCGGUCAUUCCGGGGAACCCUCCACCGCCUAAGACUGUUCCUGUCCCACAUUCCUGGAUUGGAGGCAAGAUCAGGCUCCAGGUCAAGACGCUGAACGAGACUCAUUACGAGUUUUCCGCCAUGCCCUUAUCUAUCCCCGGUGCUGCCAUGAAGAUUGGAAUUGCUUCUGCCCAGCUCGUUAGUGGCGGUAGUGGUACAUUUGUUGGAAGUUUAAUCGGUACUUAUGCUACUUGCAAUGGUGCAGGAUCUGCAUCAAAAUGUCCCGAUGGUGGAAACCUAUAUGUCAACCGUUGGAGAUAUACUGGGGAUGGACAAAUUAUAUCGGCUAUCGAUGGAUGA